AUGGCUGAGUUCAUGGUCGACCCGGGGGAGGAGCCGAAGAAGUGGGCCGAGAUGGCGACCGAAGACGAGGACAACGAGCUGCUGUGGUUCUUCGACAACACGGCCAGCGAGGCGCAGUGGAUCAAGUAUCGCACCAAAGUGACGGCUCUCGCGACAGACCUCGAGAACAUCGACAAACUCCUCGAGACCUACGGCGAAUACCUGACCGCUUUUGGGAUGGACCGUGAGAUCCGCGAGCGUCGCGAAGUGCGCGACGCACAUGCUCGUAAAGCCGCCGAGCUCGCCUUCGAGUACUACUUUGAGGACUUUAUGAAGGGGCAGCACCUGCGCACCCCACCCCCGGUGCUGUACAUGGCGAUGGCCAAGGAUAAGCCGCUCGCCACUUCGGCUCUGCUUGGCUUCGUCUUCGCCCCACUGACCAGCUACAUCAUCGAUUACGCCGACCGCCAUAAGGGCCUUCACCUUCGUGUCUCUGAGCAGAAGCGCGACUUGACGUGCAGGCUAGCCCGAACGGCCCACGCC